GGCUGGCUGCUUCAGCUAACUGCUCAGCCAAGAAAAGGCUGGGUCUGUUCUGAUCAGUCUCAGGGCAUAAGCUUCUCCCUCUCAAGGUCCCAGGACAGGACUUUGCAGUAAAUAUUCUCCUCUAUUCCAGGGUCCUCCUGGCCCUUCACCUGAAGUGUCACAUUGGCAGAUCUUGCGGCUGGCUUAUCUGCAGUUGAUAGAUAGGUAGCUGUGUCUGUGUGUCUUGGAGAAACAGGGCCCAUUGGGAACGAUGCCACCACCAUCAGACAUCGUCAAAGUGGCCAUCGAGUGGCCAGGUGCUAACGCUCAGCUCCUCGAAAUCGACCAGAAACGGCCCCUGGCGUCCAUCAUCAAGGAAGUUUGUGAUGGGUGGUCACUGCCAAACCCGGAGUAUUACACCCUCCGUUAUGCAGACGGUCCCCAGCUCUACAUCACCGAACAGACUCGCAGUGACAUUAAGAAUGGGACAAUCUUACAGCUGGCUAUCUCCCCGUCCCGGGCUGCACGCCAGCUGAUGGAGAGGACCCAGUCAUCCAACAUGGAGACCCGGCUGGACGCCAUGAAGGAGCUGGCCAAGCUCUCUGCGGACGUGACCUUCGCCACCGAGUUCAUCAACAUGGAUGGCAUUGUUGUGCUGACGCGGCUUGUGGAAAGCGGAACCAAGCUCUUAUCCCACUACAGUGAGAUGCUGGCAUUCACCCUGACUGCCUUCUUAGAGCUCAUGGACCAUGGCAUUGUCUCCUGGGACAUGGUUUCAAUCACCUUCAUUAAGCAGAUCGCAGGGUACGUGAGCCAGCCCAUGGUGGACGUGUCAAUCCUGCAGAGGUCCCUGGCCAUCCUGGAGAGCAUGGUCUUGAACAGCCAGAGUCUGUACCAGAAGAUUGCAGAGGAAAUCACUGUGGGACAGCUCAUCUCUCACCUCCAGGUCUCCAACCAGGAGAUUCAGACCUACGCCAUUGCACUGAUUAACGCACUUUUUCUGAAGGCUCCUGAGGACAAGCGACAGGAUAUGGCCAACGCAUUCGCACAGAAGCACCUUCGGUCCAUAAUCCUCAAUCAUGUGAUCCGAGGGAACCGCCCAAUCAAAACCGAGAUGGCCCAUCAGCUGUACGUCCUGCAAGUCCUGACCUUUAACCUGCUGGAAGAAAGGAUGAUGACCAAGAUGGACCCCAAUGACCAGGCUCAAAGAGACAUUAUAUUUGAACUGAGGAGGAUUGCAUUUGAUGCAGAGUCUGACCCUAGCAACGUCCCCGGGAGUGGGACUGAAAAACGCAAAGCCAUGUACACCAAGGACUACAAGAUGCUGGGAUUUACUAACCAUAUCAACCCAGCAAUGGACUUUACCCAGACUCCUCCUGGAAUGCUGGCCUUGGACAACAUGCUGUACUUGGCGAAAGUCCAUCAGGACACCUACAUCCGGAUCGUCUUAGAGAACAGCAGCCGAGAAGACAAACACGAGUGCCCCUUUGGCCGCAGUGCCAUUGAGCUCACCAAAAUGCUCUGUGAGAUCCUACAGGUUGGGGAACUGCCAAAUGAAGGGCGCAACGACUACCACCCGAUGUUCUUCACCCAUGACCGAGCAUUCGAAGAGCUCUUUGGAAUCUGCAUCCAGCUGUUGAACAAGACCUGGAAGGAGAUGAGGGCAACAGCCGAGGACUUCAACAAGGUUAUGCAGGUAGUCCGGGAGCAGAUUACUCGGGCUUUGCCCUCCAAACCCAACUCUUUGGAUCAGUUCAAGAGCAAACUGCGGAGCCUGAGCUACUCUGAGAUUCUGCGACUACGCCAGUCCGAGAGGAUGAGUCAGGAUGACUUCCAGUCCCCGCCGAUUGUGGAGCUGAGGGAGAAGAUCCAGCCCGAGAUCCUUGAGCUGAUCAAGCAGCAACGCCUGAACCGGCUCUGUGAGGGGAGCAGCUUCCGGAAGAUUGGGAAUCGCCGGAGGCAAGAGCGUUUCUGGUACUGCCGCUUGGCCCUGAACCACAAGGUCCUGCACUACGGUGACUUGGACGACAACCCUCAAGGGGAGGUGACAUUUGAAUCCCUGCAGGAGAAAAUUCCUGUUGCAGACAUUAAGGCCAUUGUCACUGGGAAAGAUUGUCCCCACAUGAAAGAGAAAAGUGCUCUGAAACAGAACAAGGAGGUGCUGGAAUUGGCUUUCUCCAUCCUGUAUGACCCCGACGAAACCUUAAACUUCAUUGCACCUAAUAAGUAUGAGUACUGCAUCUGGAUCGACGGCCUCAGUGCCCUUCUGGGGAAGGACAUGUCCAGCGAGCUGACCAAGAGUGACCUGGACACCCUGUUGAGCAUGGAGAUGAAGCUGCGGCUGCUGGACCUGGAGAACAUCCAGAUCCCCGAGGCCCCGCCGCCAGUGCCCAAGGAGCCCAGCAGCUACGACUUUGUCUAUCACUACGGCUGAACCCAGAGCCGGAGCCGACGGUACCCAGCAAGGGACUUGCGGCCCAGGAGAAACACUCACAGUCUGGUGCCUUGUCUUUUGCUUGUACAGAAUCUAUAGUGACCGUGGUGGCCAGUCAAUGCCAGUCACUCCUCAGACCCACCUCGGGCCACCCAGAGCCUCCUCUUGGUCCCUGUCCACUCUGAGUCGUGAAGGCAGGGUACUCUGCCGUCCCCAUCACCAGGGAGCCUGGGGUCGGGCUGUGAGGAAUAAACAGCAGACGCCCUUGCCUUCCAGGCCAAGAAACUGCUUCUUGAGCCAGAGUUAACAACGGCCACUCACCUUUUCUUCCUGACCCUGCUCGCCAGUUGCUUGGAUCCCCACGCGGGCGAGAGCUGGCCCAGGAAAGGCUGCCCCAGAGGACAGACGUGCUGGGCAUGUUGAGAGCCUUGGAGAGGCUGCCUUCGGGUGACCCGGGCCUGUGUCUCAGAUCUAAGUGGAAGCCUUGGCCUUUGCUCAGUAGCUGCCUUGCCCUUGCUUUUGCCAUCUUCGUGAGGGCUCACCUGGCCUCGUCCAGGGCCGACGUGCUGCUGAGGUUCACCUCUGACAUCUCUGGUCUCUGGAGCCACUGGAUCCUCUUGCCCAUGCAGUUGUCUGGGCAGAUGGACGUGUCUCCCUACAAGCUCUUGUCUCUCAUCCUGGCAAGUCAGAGACAUGCAGGCCAAGUCCCACCCUCGUAGUCUCAAGGAAGAGCCCAGAUGAAGCCUGGGUCUAGACUGUGGUGAGGUCACUAGAUUCCACUCCCCUCCCGCUACAUUUAUAUCUUUCCCUUCCUCGGGGAGAAAGCUCCCACCUCACCUGAAUUGCGGCCCCUCCGGUUUGCUUUCCUUUGGCCUUCCAGACCUCGGGAGGUUAGCCUCCCUUCCUCCCUCCCCCAGCGCUGUGGUUUCUGCCAUUGGCCAUGAUUUCAGGGAGCCGGCUGGGGCCAGCGGAGGCCACAGCUGUGCCAGUGAGGCUUCCCUGGUGCUGCAGCACUUGUAAACCACACGCACAGCCCGUCUCCUUGGACACGCGUGGACGCAGUGGCAUUCAGUAUUGGUAGCCUAGCAUGGUGGGUACUGCCCAAUGAAGAGUGUACUAUAUAUUUUCUUUACUAUAGGCCAUACUUAUACAGACAUGUAUAUAUAUUUAUAUAAGAUCUACCUAUCCUAGGAUGGAACGUUUGAGGGAAAAUAAAAUGGGAGGCCAAAAAAAAAAAAAAGGUAACACUUCCAGUUGUGAGCCAAGAUUGUAACCUGAGAGUGGCCAGGAGCUUCCUGUCAGUAACCAUGUUUUCAAUAAAUACUCUUUCAUGUACAAA